CUUAGAUUGUUGCACCUCGAAGAACAUCCUGUAAAUAAUCGAUAGCCCUCGUAAUUCCAGGAGCAAACAGUGAAUAUUUAUCAUUAUGGCUGCUGAAAAACAACAACAACCCUUGCCUCUUGGGAAACCUGUUCCCGCUAAAGAAGGAGAGGAGAAAGUGGAAUUGAGUGAUGAAGGAGAUGAAGACAGAGAGGAUCUUGAGGAGGAAAAUGAUGAAGACUUCGAUGAGGACGAAGACGAGGACGACGAGGAUGAGGAUGAGAAUGAGAAUGAGAAUGAGAAUGAGGAUGAGGAUGAGGAAGACGAAGACGAAGAGGGCGACGAUGGUAUUGACCACAAGAAGGUGCUGUCGGACUUUUACAAUACCGAACAAGUGGACGAAGAGGAUGAUGAGGAUGUCAUCGAAGGCAAAGAGGAUGCGGGAGUCAGCAACCUGAAGCGAAAGGCGGACGGUGAGGAACAUGGCGAGGCAAAAAAAAACAAGGCCUAGUUUCAUGUACAAUCGUAUCGGCCUUAUUAACAUAUUAGUAAAUGGAAUGGUACAAAAAGUGUGUAUCGACGGAA